AUGGCGCUCAAAGUAAGGCAGAGCGGGACCGGGGCUUUGGAGCAGAAGCAUCAUCUGAGCAUGUCGUGUCCGCAGCUAUUGGUUCUGGAAAGAGGGUUUCUCCUUUGCGGAAACUCGGGAUCGCAUACACCAAGUGAUUGUGCUUCGACCGGAGUAGGCUCUUUCAGGGCCAAAGGGACUGGAUUAGCAGGUGUGCGUUCGGCCUUCGAAGAAGCCCAGCGGCUUCAAUUUGUUGCAUUCAACAAGCUUAAGUCUGGGCUGCUUCAUUGUGAAGUCAGGCUACAGAAAGCUCUGGACAAGGAGAGAUCCCUGAGGCUCCUUUGUGAUGAAAAGAAAGUUGAGCUAGUAGAUCUACAGUGUGAGGUGGGCCGGAGCCUGAAUUAUGAGAACCACCUGAAGGAGCAGUUGCAGAAAAAGACUGAUGCCUUGGAGCGCCUUCGAGAUGAAGUUGGCCGGACCAGGCGUGAGCAUGAUGAAUUGAAAACUCUGGCCGAGGCUCAGGCUUUAGAGGGGAAGGAAGCUCUUGCCAAAUUUCUGGCUUUUGAAGCUCAACUUUGCAUAGCUAGUGACAAUGCUUUGGUUCAGACAGAAAUGAUUGCAAAGCUCGAGUCUGAGCUUUUGAAAGUCAGGGCUGAGAUCAUUGACGAUCGGGCAGAAGCUGCAAUGAGUCGGACUAAAGCUGACCAUGAGAUGGCCAUCUACUCAAAGAAUGCUGCUGAUGCUCAAGCUGAGUUGAGAAGGGUCCUCGACCGUGGAGGGAGGAUUGAAGAGUAUGCUCGUUGCAUGUCUCUAAGAAAGACCCUCGAGGAGAUCCGUGAUAAGGGCUUCGCCCUCUCGGAAGAAUUGGCUCGAGCAAGGGCGGAUGAGCGUGACGCUCGGUUGCUUUUGCCCGAUGCCGAGGACAGCGAGGAUAAGACCGAUAGGCCAUAACCCCCAGGGGGAGGGCAUAGAUUUUGUCAUUUGUAUGUAGCAUUUUCAGAGCAUGUUUGUAGCUGGAGGUUGCGUUUCUUGCAUGUGUAUGAAAGAAAACCUAGCGGCUUUACUCCUUUAAUA